AUGGGGCCUUACCUGAGCAAUGAGCUCUUCCCACCGCCCACUGAAGCCUGGCUCCAGACAGUCUCCUCAGAUCCUGAGGCCCAAGGUUGGGGGGCCUGGGGCAGGACUGAAAAGACCUCUUUGGUGCCAAGGGCUGGAAGUAGAGCAGGAAGUGGCAAGGAAGCAGAGGAAAAUGAAGAUACGGGCUUCCUGCUUUCCCUGCUGGAGCCAGAGAACCUGGCCAAGUCCCCAGUAUACAACCAGGAGUUGGAGGCCAUCAAGCUGAAGCUGUGGGCCAUGGAGCAUGCUGAGGCCCGGCCGGAGCCACCCUGUGUACAGAGCAAGGCCACGGAGGAAGAAAGGGCUGAGGUCAGACAGCUGCUGAGCCCUGAGACUGUAGGCUGCUGCUUUCUUAGGACCUCCAAGGAAAAUGUGGAGGCUGACCACAGAUCUGUCUAUGUAGGCAAUGUGGAUUAUGGUGGUUCAGCUGCAGAGCUGGAGGCCUACUUCAGGCCCUGUGGGGAGAUUCUUCGGGUCACUAUCCUGUGUGACAAGUUCUCUGGACACCCCAAGGGCUAUGCAUAUAUAGAGUUUGCCUCGCAGAGCUCUGUCAAGGCAGCUGCAGGUCUGGAUGAGAGCACCUUCCGAGGCCGGGUCAUCAAGGUACUUCCCAAAAGAACGAACUUCCCAGGAAUCAGCUCCACAGACCGUGGUGGGCUGCGGACACACUCGAGCAGCAGGGCUGCCUUCCUGCAGGGUAGCCUCCAUCGAAAACCUCGGUUAAGACCCCAUGGACAGAGCCGGGGCCAUGGACGAGCAUCUCUGUGGAUCUCAUAAUAUUGAAAGGAUAGCCCAGUUUUUAAAAGUGGGGCCAGGAGCUGGGUCAGGAGUAAACUGCUGUCUCUCCACUUACUCUAGACAAGUCUUCAAGCCUGGCAGCCCACAAGGGCCUUUGAAGGUGCUCAGAUCACCAGGUCCCAGUGGGAAGGCACUGGCACUGGGCAGGGAAGAUUCGGAGGGGAGAGGAGGCUCAGAGUAAGCUGGGAUUGGCAUACUCAAGUACUUUUAAAGAAAAAUAGAUGUGUGUUAAUAGUAAAACAUAAAUUAUUAAACUUGAAUAUAUUUUAAGAG